AAAUCCAAUCCAAAAAGUGAUUUGGGAAAAGUAAGACAUGGUGAGCAGUCCCUAGUUUACAACUUAACACCAUAAUUGUCCUUCAAACCACCCCUUUCCCUCCCUCUAUUUAAAGGGACCAAGUUUAGGACAUGAACCCACACCCAUCCUCAAACCAAACUUCAAAUAAACCUCUACAGUACUUUCUCUCUCCACCCUCCCAUAAUUCUAAACCCCCCCAAAAAAAAACACUUUUGGCCAUAGGCUAGCCCUCACUAUGGCACCAUUAUUUUGUUUGCUAAUAACCCUUCUACUUGCUCCCUUUCUAUUCUCCUCCAUUGCUUCCUCUUACUCAUUCAAAGAUAUUCAAUCAUGGUGUAGCCAAACCCCUUACCCUCAACCAUGUGAGUACUAUUUGACCAACCAGGCCUUCAACCAACCCAUCAAAAGCAAAUCCGAUUUCCUCAAAGUUUCCCUUCAGCUAGCCCUAGAGAGAGCACAAAGGAGUGAAUUUAACACCCAUGCCCUUGGCCCUAAGUGCCGCAAUGUUCAUGAAAAAUCUGCAUGGGCAGAUUGCCUUGAACUCUAUGAGUACACCAUCCAAAAACUCAACAAAACCAUUGCCCCUUACACCAAGUGCACCCAAACCGACACACAAACAUGGCUCAGCACAGCCCUCACAAACCUUGAAACAUGCAAAAACGGAUUCUAUGAGCUAGGUGUCCCUGACUAUGUCCUACCCUUGAUGUCCAAUAAUGUCACAAAGUUACUAAGCAACACCCUCUCUCUCAACAAAGGUCCUUACCAAUACAAACCACCAAGUUACAAAGAAGGGUUUCCAACAUGGGUGAAGCCUGGUGAUAGAAAAUUGUUGCAAUCUUCUUCAGCUGCUUCUAAGGCUAAUGUAGUGGUUGCAAAAGAUGGUUCUGGAAAAUACACAACAGUGAAAGCUGCUGUUGAUGCUGCUCCAAGUAGUAGUGGAAGGUAUGUGAUAUAUGUGAAGGGUGGGGUGUACAAUGAGCAAGUUGAGGUGAAAGCAAAUAAUAUAAUGUUGGUUGGAGAUGGUAUUGGAAAGACCAUAAUCACAGGUAGCAAAAGCGUUGGAGGAGGCACCACAACCUUCCGUUCAGCCACUGUUGCUGCUGUGGGUGAUGGAUUCAUUGCUCAAGACAUCACAUUCAGGAACACAGCAGGAGCAGCAAAUCACCAAGCAGUGGCAUUCCGUUCUGGCUCAGAUCUCUCAGUAUUUUACAGAUGCAGCUUUGAGGGUUUCCAAGACACACUAUAUGUUCAUUCAGAGAGGCAAUUCUACAGAGAAUGUGACAUUUAUGGCACAGUGGAUUUCAUCUUUGGCAAUGCUGCUGCAGUCUUGCAAAACUGCAACAUCUAUGCAAGAACCCCUCCACAGAGAACCAUCACAGUCACAGCUCAAGGCAGAACUGACCCUAACCAAAACACAGGAAUCAUCAUCCACAACUCCAAGGUCACAGGUGCCUCAGGCUUCAACCCUAGUUCUGUUAAGUCAUACCUAGGAAGACCCUGGCAAAAGUACUCAAGAACAGUGUUCAUGAAAACCUAUCUUGAUAGCUUGAUCAACCCUGCUGGUUGGAUGGAAUGGGAUGGUAACUUUGCCCUAGACACUUUGUACUAUGCUGAAUAUGCAAACACUGGUCCAGGUUCCAACACUGCCAAUAGGGUUACUUGGAAGGGCUACCAUGUUCUCACUAGUGCUUCUGAGGCCUCACCUUUCACUGUUGGCAACUUCAUUGCUGGUAGCAAUUGGAUACCUAGCUCUGGUGUCCCUUUCACCUCAGGACUUUGAAUAUUGCUUGUUGCAUUAGAAGUUGGUACACUUUGUGAUUAGUUUUCUUGUAUUGAUUCAUGUUAAAUUAUUAUUUGCCCCCAACAAAUGUAUAUUUUGGCCGUACUAGUGAAUAAGGCAAGGGAAAAUAAGUUGGUAUGGCCUGCAAAAUUGGAUUGGUGUACUUUUAUAUUGUUACUUGAUUUAAAGAAUUGGUAUUGGUGGUGGAAUUGUAUUUGUCUAUAGAAUCAAAGCUCAAAGUUUCAUUGGAAGGUUUUUGUCA